AUGGCGGCUACUACCGAUGUCAAGAACUACAAGUUCAACCACUCCAUGAUCCGGGUCAAGGACCCUAAGGAGUCGGUCAAAUUCUACGAGUUCCUUGGCAUGUCCCUCCUCAAAAAACUCUCCUUCCCCGAAGCCAAAUUCGACCUCUACUUCCUCGGCUACGACGCUCCCGGGGCCGUCUCCAGCGGCGCCAACCUGUGGGACCGCGAAGGCCUUAUCGAACUAACCCACAACUACGGCACCGAGAACGACGACUCCUACAAGGUCAACAACGGCAACGUCGAACCGCACCGCGGCUUCGGCCACACCUGUAUUAGUGUCGACAACCUCCAGGCCGCCUGCCAGCGCCUCGAGGAUGCGGGUUACAAGUUCCAGAAGAAGCUCACCGACGGCCGGAUGAAGCACAUUGCGUUCGCCCUGGACCCGGAUGGCUACUGGGUGGAGAUCAUUGGACGGAAACCCGUGGAGGAGACGGAGGGACUGAAGGAGACGGAUUUGAAGAGUUAUAGGAUGAACCAUACCAUGUUGAGGGUCAAGGAUGCGGAGAAGAGUCUCAAGUUCUAUCAGGACGUGUUGGGGAUGAAGUUGGUUAGGACGCAUGAGGCGAAAGAGGCUGGGUUUAAUCUUUACUUCCUUGGGUAUGGGGAUGCGAAGGGGAACGAGGCGGAUCGCGAGGGGCUGUUGGAGUUGACGUGGAAUUAUGGGACGGAGAAGGAUGAGAACUUUUCGUACCAUAACGGCAACGACCAGCCUCAAGGGUUUGGUCAUAUCUGCCUGUCGGUUGACAGCAUUGAGGCUGCUUGCGAGCGUCUUGAGGGUCUGAACGUCAACUGGAAGAAGAGACUGACGGAUGGUCGCAUGAAGAAUGUUGCUUUCGUUCUUGAUCCUGAUGGCUACUGGAUCGAGUUGGUCCAGAACGAGCGCUUCACUGGCCAGUCUAACUUCUAA